GUUACGGACUCCGUGAGAAUAUCCAUAUAGAAUUUUUAAAAAACAAAAGAAGAAAAUAAGAUCCCUGCAAUGAUCGACUGAGAAAGCGUGUCUGGAAAAAUAACGCGGGUCUCGCGCAAAAAACGCAGGCGUAGCUGACCGAACUUUACAAUCGGCGGGAGUAAAUCGCCAAUCACACACAACAUAGCCCAACUUCGACACGUUAAACAUGUUUCCCGGUUCCACGUAUUAUCGUAAGUUGCCAUAAAAUAGAUGUACAUAAAAGAAGAUUAUUACAAUAACGAGCGCCCAAUCUCUUGGAACAAUUCCACGUCAUGUCAGAAAUGGCAGUGCGAAGGACUCCAGAACGAAGAGUUCUUGGUGAUCUUGGGAACACAAAAUCAGAGCCGGUUUCUCCGACUGCAAAUCUGAGAUUACUAACAUCCUUGGCUUCGAACUUGAAAAGCGCGGUUGACUCCAGGAGUCAGAGUCAAAACGUUUCUAGAUCAGAGCAUACACCUGUAACUUCAAGUUCUGAAGGCUCAAAACUAUUACCAAGAAAACAAAAAUCUUUGGGACUUUUGUGCGACAAAUUUUUGAGUUUAUACCCACUGGACAAGCCGGAAGGAUGUGAACCUUGUGAGAUAUCACUCGAUGGUACUGCCAAAGCUCUGGGCACUGAGAAACGCAGAAUAUACGACAUUAUAAAUGUUCUCGAGAGCCUGGAAAUGGCCACAAAAGCUGGCAAAAAUCGCUACCUUUGGCAUGGACAAAACAACCUCAUCACAACAUUAAUUAAAUUCAAAUCUUUGGCCAUCAAGCUUGGACUCCGAGAACAAAUACAAGAAAUUCAGAGAAUCAACAAAGCUUACACCGGAGAUUAUUGUGACGAUUUCCCAAGUACUUCCAAUGAUAAUUGCACUAUUUAUGACGAGGUGGACGAUGAUCUUUGUAGUGACACUGCGAUCAAAGAGGACAAAAGUCUGGGUGCUAUGUGUCAGAAAUUUGUAAUGUUAUUUCUUAUUUCACUAAAGAAUGGUGUGAUUAAUCUGGACAUUGCUGCAAAAGUUCUCAUAACCGAUAUCGACACUCGGGGAAACGGAAGUGCUGAUGGGAACGUCGGUUCCCGCAUUAAAACAAAAGUUCGGCGUCUUUACGAUAUCGCAAAUGUUCUCACUGCUAUUGGACUGAUUAAAAAGAUUUAUAUGUACGAUAGAACUAUAAGAAAGCCGGUGUUCAAAUAUAUCGGGCCGGACGUUGAAUGUGUGGAAUUCGAUCGUGAAACUCCGGUUCGUGAGCACUACAGUUCGUUGACGGGUAUGAUGACUCCGAAUAAAUCGUGUUGCUUCAGCGAAAUGCGGAUUCCAUUGACGAGUAGUAGCAGUGCAACGAGCAGUAUAACGAGCGCUAGAGUGAAAAAUUAUGUAGUGGAUGAGAGUGGAACGCCAGUGACGGAUAAGCGAAGACCUCGGAAACGUAAGCUUUUUGUUGGGGAUACGGCGAUGUGUCGUACGACAAGCUCGCCAUGUUUGGACGGAAAGAGUCGUUCGCUGGAGCGCUUGGACGAUUCAAUACUGCGGGUGGCGGAAAUGGAGCUCGAAAGGCUGAAUUCGAGUGAGGAAUUGAAGCCAAAAGCUUGCACAAAAUUGUUUUCCCGAUACAAUUCUGACUCUUGUAUAACCGAUGGAACGAACCAUUUGAGGAACGAGGAGCAUAACAAUUUUUCGUCGAUUGGCUCCAUCGUGAAAAACGAGCAGCCGGGAAACGCGACAAAAGCACCAUUUUUGAUAGUUAGCAAAGAGAAUUUGAUAACGAGAUACACGAAUGAAAGCCCAAAAACACAAAACGUGACGCCCCUCCGAGCUCCGUUACACACAACGCUCAAUUCAUCGACUCCAGUUCGAACCGUGAGCCGCAAAAUAAUCGGGACCAGCUCAGUAACCAGACCCCAAUCUGCGCCAACUGCUUCAACGAAGAGCCUCAAUCUUUCUUCCAUGAAAACAAUCAUACCUAGAAAACUAAUACCCAUCAACAGCAACGGAGGAUCAAUCGACGUUCGUAAAUACGCUCGUGUGACCCACUACAAGAUCGAGCCUAAAACGAAAGCCCCAAAAAUCAUAAGCCUGACGAAUUUCGAUCCUAAAAAGCUCAUCCCUAUAAAACGCAGCGAUCUCAAGAUUUCUCUCACACCGGUUAACCCGAUCGUUUUGGGCAACCGCGGCACUCCGGGUUUUGCAAUACUUACAAGAAUACCCGCCCCCAUCGUAUCCCCUGGUGACACUUUCAAAGCUGUCAAAAUUGGCAACACGCUGCAACUCGUUCCCAUCAAGAAUGAAGAGACUUCCAGGACCAACUCGAACUCCGAGACUGACGGCGAAUCCGCAAGUAAUGCGAGUUAACGCUAGUGAUACUAAAUGUGACUGCACCGGAUCUCAGGGGUUAAGCAAUCGUCUAAAUUCAAGUUCAACACAAAAUCUCGCACCGGACACCUUUUUUUUCAUCACUGUUCGACCGCUCAACGAUUAUCAAUCAAAGUAUAAAAAAUCAGCUGUAGAAACAGUCAAAUCUUCCUUGUUGCUCAAUCAGCUCUAGAAAGCUGCCCGAUGACUUUUUGUGUUAAAAAUUUGAUUCUUCGGAAAAACCUCAUUCGCGAAGAACUCGUCGAUGAAGUUUGAGCAAAAAGUUUUAUUAGAUUUCUCAAAUCGUUGUUCAGACCCGAACCAAAGUUUAUUUCGAUAUCUAACCUUCGAGUUCCUCUAAAUUACGUUCACGUAGAUCAUAUACACAAAAUCCAGGGGACAAUGAUACGAUCGUUGUUGCCUAAAAUUUGUUCACUUUGUAUCCUUUUCUUUUUGCAAUGCAAUCAAACUUCUAAACACAUGGACAACAUAUACGAAUAACAAUUCAACUAUUAUUGAUCAUACAAAGUAUAAAAGUAUAUAAUUAUAUAUAAAUAUAUAAAAGUUUACACGUAUAUUGAUAACGCAUAUAGAAAAUCUAUAAAGAUGUGCACAGAUAUAUUUCUAUACCGAUUUGGAAAGAAAAAAAAAAAUUAACGAACGUUACCCAAGUGGGUAAAACUGUUAUACAUUGGGAAAUGUAAUUUACAAUUAAAUAUUUAUUUACAAUGAUAAAA